AUGAAGAAAUCGGACCGUUCAGAGCUGAAGAAGUCUUCUAAAACGCCACAUUCGAAAGGCUCGCCGUCUACAGCGGGCUCUUCCACCUUCAGACCCGUGCCGCUGAAUAAUGCUGGUGAACCAAUGACUAGAACCCGUUCAGUCUCGACCUCGGCCAAAGACACGGCGCUUUCUCGCUCAGCUUCGUCGUCUUUCAACUACAUGGAUUGCCUUUCGGCGCUAGAGCCCGCUACGGACCCAGGAAAGCUGGUUAUUGGCGAGGAUUACGUCACUUUGGCCAGUAAACCUAUUUUCGACGGUGCCAACGGAAUCAUUUUCAAGGGCUCCGAUGCAAAGGGAACCGUUGUUGUGGUUAUAAAAACCGUCAAGUUCCAGAAAUCGCAAACUUCCGAAACCUAUAGAGCCCUGGUUCUCAGAGAGUUUGAUAAUUUGAGAAAAUGUACCGCCAGCAAGCUGGUGGUUGACGUUUUGGACGUCGCCAGGUCUCAGGACUCGGAGGAGCUUUCCCUUAUAAUACCGUACUACCUUCAUGGAGACUUGUUGGACCAUCUUUGUACCUUCAGAUCCAAGAAAGUGGAGGUGUCGCUGAACCUCAAAGAUGCAACUUUUAAGCAGAUGGUCAAGGCAGUUGACUUUUUACAUCGCCAUGAUAUUGCCCAUCGUGAUAUCAAGCCUGAGAACUUCCUUAUAGAUUCCAAGGGUAUGCUCAAGCUAAAUGACUUUGGCUACUCUGUCGACCUCACUAAGACCGUUGAACACGCGUCGUUGAAUGAAAUCUCCUGCGGAACUAAUUCCUUCAAAGCUCCUGAACUUUUCCGCUACGAAAAAGAACAAAAUGAGGGUAAGGAACUUGAUUUGUUGAAGAUCAACUUCAAGGCUCUCGAUAUUUGGGCUCUCGGUGUUGUCUACUUCCAAGUCUUCCUAAUGUUUGUUCCCUGGUCUAGUUCCAACACUGUUUCGGAUGACAAGAACAGAACAAUGGAGAAGUACAUUCAGAUGUAUCCGGAAAGCGAGAAGCAUUUAGUUGCUUUAGUCGACAAGCUCAAUGACCGCAGCUUUAGUGAUCCGCUGAAUCCUGCGUUAUCUCACUUUAAGAAGCUCCAUUACAACGCUCGAGGACACAUUCUAAGGGCUCUUAAUCCUGACCCGGAGAAGCGUUGCACAACUGCGUCUCUCUUGGAAUCUAAAUGGCUCACAGAGGUAUAUGCGCAAACCAGAGAUUUGAUAGAUCUCUUACCCAAGUGA